AGCAGAUCAUAGAUUAAACAUGCAGAAGUCUUUAAGUGUGUCCUCUGAGAGCUCCCUCCCUCCACCGGACGAGGAUGUGGACUCGGUCUGUUCUGAUGACCUGAUGGGGUCUCAGUCUCGUCGCUGGCUGGCGGAUCUUCGGUCUGAUGACAUAGUGGACCACGGAUCAGGGAACACCUUCGGCCGGGAUGGACUGUUCGUGGACUAUAACUUCCCCCUGGGGGAGCUGGAGAUGCACUCCGGGAUCAAGUGGAAACGACCAAAGGAGCUCUGUGCAUCACCUCAGUUUAUAAUUGAUGGAGCUUCCCGUCUGGAUAUCUGCCAAGGGAAACUCAAUGACUGCUGGAUACUUUCUGCUAUUGCAUCACUCUCUUUGCAUCCAUCUCUGCUGAAAAAGGUUGUACCUCCAGGACAGACCUUCCAGGACGCAUACAACGGCUCCUUCACCUUCAGGUUCUGGCAGUACGGUCAGUGGGAGGAGGUGAAGAUAGACGAUUUGUUGCCGACUCAGGACAACAACCUUAUCUACCUCAGAUCCCCAAAUAAACUUGAAUUUUGGAGCUCCCUGCUGGAGAAAGCCUAUGCCAAGAUGAAAGGUGGCUACAGAGCACUGGACAUGGGCUUCCCUCAUGAGGCCAUGGUUGAUAUGACAGGUGGGGUCGGUGAGGUUUUGAGCAUUGCCUUGUUGCCCCGACACCUGCCAGCCAUCAUUAGAGAGCUACUGGAUAAAGGAGCACUUGUCAACUGUGGCUCAAGCCAGGGUCCACUGGAGCAGAGGAAUGAAUUUGGAAUCAUGUUCAGGCAUGCUUAUUCUGUGACUGCAGUGGAGAAGGUAAAGACAUCUUAUGGCCCUGUGGAUUUGGUGCGAAUCCUCAACCCAUGGGGCAACACAGAGUGGGAGGGUCCAUGGAGCGACUUUAAAGGUCCAGAGUGGAGCACUGUGAGCACCGAGGAACAGAAGAGACUGGGGAGAGUCAGCCGGGAGGACGGGGAGUUCUGGAUGUCAGUUUCAGACUUCCGGCAGAACUUUGACGUAAUGGAAGUUUGUCAUCUGAUUGAAGGUCUCGACGAACCAGGCGCCAGCCAGCAUUCAUGGUGCUGCACAAUGCAUCAUGGGGCCUGGGUGCCUCACAUCUCAGCAGGAGGCUCGCCCAGAGGGGGUUGGUUUUGGCAGAACCCUCAGUUCCAGUUCGUCUUGUCAGAAGUGGACACCGAUUCAUCCAACUCUCAGAAGACCUGCUCUUUCAUUUUGGCUCUGAUGCAGAAACAGCGGGGGCGUAGGGGCAAUAACCUGCCUAUAGCCCUGCAUAUAUAUCCGGCCCCUCCGAAGAAGACACACCUGUUGCCCGAGGACUUGAGGGUGCUACCGCUGGUCCUCAGCAGCCAAACUUACUUUGCACGUCGGGAGAUUGUUCUCCGCCACUCCCUUCCACCUGGUCGUUACAUCAUCAUCCCGUCUACCGCCGAACCCAAUCAGCAGGGAUCAUUUCUCCUCCGGGUGCUGACAGAGCAGGGCAACACUGCCACUCCAGCUGAGAAACCAGCAACAGACGUCCCUUCAACAACAGAGACUUCAUUUCCUCACCAGGCUGCUCUUCCUUCGCCUCAAUCUACAAGACGUCUGUUUAAGAAGCACUGCAACAAGAGAGGAUUUUGCAAACCAGCGCACCUCCUGGAACUACUGACAGAGGCCAUACGGGGAGGAGUGUUAGCUGGCAGUGAGAAGUGUUUGGCUCUGGAGCACUGCAAGAGCCUGGUGGUUCUCAUGGAUACCCAAGGCAUCGCCCAGCUAAACUGGAUGGAGUUUCAGAGUCUGUGGGACAAGAUCAGGAAGUGGACGGACAUCUUCCUGACGUUUGACAAGAAUAAAACCAAAUUCCUCGAGUAUCGAGAGGUUGCCCCCGCACUAAAGGCAGCAGGUAGGACUGAGGACACACAUAAGUGAUAUAAAUGACUACGUAUUUCAUUACAGAUUUUUCAACUGUUGAUGGUUAAAUACAAGCGUGGCCUUCAUUGGAUUCUGGUUUCUGGUUUCUGGUUUCACAGUUCAGGCUCUGCAUCUGUCUCGACCAACAGGGGGAGCCAAAACACUUCUCUUUACUUCUUCCUUUCUGCUUUUUUAAAGCUUUCCUGAUAGUCCUCAGAGGUGGAGAUACUUUGUUGUAUUUAUUCUGAUCACAUUAACAGUCACAUAUAUAUUUGAUGUGUUUGAGUUACAUAAAGAAACAGCAAACAUUAUAUGUUG